AUGGCAACCAUCUCGAUUAGUGCACCAGGGCUCAGCCAGGGCCUUCUCUAUAAUAACGGAAAUAACAAUGCGCGCGUGUGCAUUACCUCCGAAACAAACGAAUUUGAUCAGCAAACCAUCCAAGAAUGGCAGGAUGAGGGCUUCGAUGUUGUGUACCACCCUCUGAACAACGGGGGCAAGGACUACGAGAGUCGCUUGAAAAGCGUAAAAGAAGGACUCGGUGUCGGAGAGAAUUACGCAGUCAUUGCCUUCGGCGAAGCAGCAAGCUACUGCCUCGACUAUUACAUGAAGCCAAUGAACGCCAACAGACUCUGCGCUCUGGUCGCAUACUACCCUACUGUGAUUCCUGACACCAGACAAAGCUUCCCUCUCUCCCUCCCAGUGCUUGCGCAUUUACCAGGCAACACGAUUGAUGUGAUGACGCAGCCUCAAGCACUUGGGCUGCAAGGGAAGAGACGUCGCAAGACUAGAGAGCUUCAGCCCGGGCUAGGAACUGGCGAACGCAUACAACUAGCCUAUCCGGCAUUUACCUACGAUUAUGCCCAACCCGGUUUCGCAGAGCAUGAUAUGGAGGAGUACAACAAUCUAGCGGCAGAUCUCGCCUGGACGCGGACUGUACAGACCUUGCGAAAGGGCUUCUGUCGUGACCCAGACCUCGAGAGACUAUGGGAGGAUCACCAAGAGGCGAAAUUCUUCAGAUCAAAUCUCAACAAGACGCUGGAUGGUUAUGUCCAGCAAAAGACGCCCGGAGUCACGUACACCCCGACCCUUACCGGCGGGAUCGGAAAUCAGGCUCUCCGUCGAUUCUACGAACACUACUUCCUCGGCCGUCUCCCCCAAUCCAUGCGAAUCCGCCUACUGUCGCGAACAUCUGGAUCCGACCGCAUCGUCGACGAGCUCUACGUCAGCUUCCAACACACAGACGAAAUCCCAUGGAUGCUCCCGGGCGUACCAGCCACCAACAAACGUGUCGAGAUAGUCCUAGUCAGCAUCGUCAGUCUCAGAGGCGGUCGUCUAUACUCAGAGCACGUCUACUGGGACCAGGCCAGCGUACUCGUUCAAGUCGGCCUUCUUGACCCAAGACUUGCACCCGACAAUCCCCAUGGAAUCGAUCGUCUCCCCGUGAUCGGCCGUGAAGCUGCCCGUCGCAUUCUCCAUGAAGACACCGAUCUCGAGCAGGAAGAUUAUCAUAACAGACUGAUUCGUCGGGCGAAUGCACGUGCGCGAAUGGCUCGGGGCUCGAGAACUUCACAGGCGCCGGAGGAAUCGGGGGCCGAAAUGAAGAGCGAAGUGGAGACCUCUUUGCCGGUUCGACAUAAGGGCAAGUCGAUCCAGAAAGAGGAUAAUCCUGAAUCGAACCGCACGGCGACGGAUAUCACUGAGCAAGCGGAUGAUGAGCAUGAUGGUGUUGCGACUGAGACGGGGUCUACGGCUAACCCCAAACCGGAAAAUGGUGAUCGGAAAGCAUAUGUUGAAGAUGGGGAGGGCGAGAAUGGUCAUGAGCAAGCAUGA